AUGGGGAAGCCCAGACCUCACAAGAAGAAAGCUUCCAAAACCCGCGAAAAGUCCGUCUUGAGCGCCGGCGGCUCGAUCUCAAAACGAAAGAUGAACGAGGAUCCUACCAAGCUCCUUGAGCAGGCGACAAUACUUCUUCAGACCGGACAGGCUGAUGCUGCGCUUUCGCUAGCCCAACAAGCUCUCGACGCUGUGCCCGCCAAUUCCCCCGCACAGCUUUCGAGUCUGAAUGCGGUUGCGGAAAUUUACGUCGAGCUAGGUGAGGUCGACCUCGCGAGGCAACAUUUCUUGAAAGCGGUUGAGCUCGAUCCGACGGGUUCUAUCUCAGAGGCUGAGGGAGGCGGCGCUGAAAAGUUUCUAUGGUUGGCUCAGUUGAGUGAACUCGGCGGGAAGGAUAGUGUCCAGUGGUUCGAGAAGGGCGUUGUGGCUCUUAGGAACGUCAUUCAACAAUUAGAGGCGAACAAUGGUGCUGCACAAGUAAUGGAACUCGAAGAGAAGAAGGGAAAGAUGGCCAACGCUCUUUGCGGUGUUGCGGAGAUCUAUAUGACCGAUCUUUCAUGGGAAGAAGACGCGGAAGCCCGCUGUGAGAAUCUGAUCACCGAAGCCCUGUUGGUCCAGCCCAACUCUCCCGAAGUACUACAGACGCUGGCGUCGAUUCGCAUUUCGCAAUUACGAGAAGAUGAUGCGCGGGCAGCGCUCUCAAGGAGUUUGGAAUUAUGGAAGGAUCUGCCCCCAGAGGAUGCGCGUGUUCCUGACUUCCCAACAAGAAUCAGUCUUUCGCGUCUUCUCAUGGAGGUCUCGAUGUUGUUGGAGGCGCUGGAAGUGCUCGAGCGCCUGAUCCUGGAAGAUGAUCAGAGUGUGGAGGCAUGGUAUCUAGGAGGCUGGUGUCUUCAGCUUUUGGCUGAGAAGGGAGAAGCACCCAAGGAUCCAGAAGAGGAAGAGUCAAAGGAGACGCCCGAGUCCAAGAGACAUGCCUCACUUGUUGCCAGUCGAGGGUGGCUCAAGCAAAGUCUGACACUGUACGACCUUGUCCAAUAUGAGGAUGAAAGGCUCAAAGAGCACGCUCUCGAGCUAGUCGAGGCUAUGAACAAGGAGCUCGGAGAAGAUAUGGAAGACGAAAGCGGCCCUGAGGACGCCGAAGGUGAAGAGGAGUGGGAAGGAAUUGAGUCAGAUAGUGACCACGAGAUGGCCGACUCGUAA